AUAACCCCACUGUCGCCAUGCCAAGCACUAGGGAAAAUCAGAUCAAUCGCAAGUUGAUCCUCCACUAGUGCACGCACAUUUUCUUUGACCACCUACUGCUUCCUAUCACGUUCCGUUCAUUGACAAGUCAAGUGACAACCUCCACCCGCUUAAAAUUUGAUCAAUUCAUCGCGUCACCACGGACGUCACGGAGCAUGAUUUAGCCUCGACAUCGGCCGUGUACGCGCACCAUUGACCGGGGUGUUCGUAUGUGCUCACUCGCACACACACACACUCGCACUGACUAGCUAGCUAGAUUCGGAUCGGAUCGAGCUGCCGUCGAUGGCGAUGCCGGAGGAGCUGCACUUCGUGCUGGUGCCGCUGGUGGCGCAGGGCCACAUCAUCCCCAUGGUGGACGUGGCGCGCCUCCUCGCCGCGCGCGGCCCGCGGGUCAGCGUGGUCACCACGCCCGUCAACGCCGCGCGCAACAGGGCCACCGUCGACGGCGCCAGGAGGGCCGGUCUCGCCGUCGAGUUCGUCGAGCUCCCCUUUCCCUGCGCGCAGCUCGGCCUACCGGAGGGGGUGGAGGCUAUCGACCAGAUGGCAGGGCUCGAGCCGGCCAUGUACCUCAGGUUCUUCCAGGCCAUAUGGAAGAUCGCCGACCCGCUGGAGGAGUACCUCCGGGCGCUGCCGCGCCGGCCGGUCUGCCUCGUCGUCGAUGCGUGCAACCCGUGGACGGCGCCGGUGUGUGAACGUCUCGGCAUCCCCAGGCUGGUGAUGCACUGCCCCUCGGCCUACUUCCAGCUCGCCGUGCACCGCCUGUCGGCGCACGGCGUGUACGACCGCGUCCGCGACGACGAGAUGGCGCCGUUCGAGGUGCCGGAGUUCCCGGUGCGCGCCGUCGGCAAUAAGGCAACGUUCCGGGGAUUCUUCCAGUACCCCGGCGUGGAGAAGGAGUACCGUGAAGCGCUCGACGCCGAGGCCACCGCCGACGGCCUGCUGUUCAACACGUCCCGCGGCAUCGAAGGCGUCUUCGUGGACGGGUACGCGGUGGCCCUCGGCAAGAGGACGUGGGCCGUCGGGCCGACAUGCGCCUCGAGCAGCAUGGUCAACGACGCCGACGCCAAGGCCGGCCGCGGCAACCGCGCCGACGUCGACGCCGGACACAUCGUCUCGUGGCUCGACGCCCGGCCGCCGGCGUCCGUGCUGUACGUCAGCUUCGGCAGCAUCUCGCAGCUGACGGCGAAGCAGCUAGCCGAGCUCGCGCGCGGCAUCGAGGCGUCCGGGCGGCCGUUCGUGUGGGCGAUCAAGGAGGCCAAGGGGGACGCCGCCGUUCGGGCGCUGCUCGACGACGAGGGGUUCGAGGCGCGCGUCAAGGACAGGGGCCUCCUCGUCCGCGGGUGGGCGCCGCAGGUGACCAUCCUCUCGCACCCGGCGGUGAGCGGCUUCCUCACGCACUGCGGCUGGAACGCGACGCUGGAGGCCGUCUCCUACGGCGUGCCGACUCUGACGUGGCCCACCGUCGCCGACCAGUUCUGCAGCGAGCAGCUGCUCGUGGACGUGCUCGGCGUGGGCGUCAGGUCCGGCGUCAAGAUCCCCGCCAUGUACCUCCCGAAAGAGGCCGAGGGGGUUCAGGUGACGAGCCGCGAGGUGGAGAAGGCGGUUGCAGAGAUGAUGGGCGACGGGCCGGAGGGGUCGGCGAGGAGGCUCAGGGCCAACGAGAUCGCCGCUGAGGCGAGGGCGGCCAUGGAGGAAAGCGGGUCAUCGCAUUCCGACUUGACGGACAUGAUCCGCUAUGUCACGGACCUGUCGAAGCAGAGAAGCCGCGAGAGGGACGCGAGCUCGAUGGCCCGGCCUUCCGAGCUCGGAGAGAAGAACCAACAGGAUGCUGUGCUGCCGGUACAAAUGACGCAAGUUAGCAUUUAGGAUCUUCCAUUUCCUGGAAUAAGUUCAACACUGGAUCAUGUUGUAUACGCAAAUGUAAAACUCCAUUCUGAGGGGACUGCUACACUUCGGCCAACGAAUCUCUUAGAGCGUA